UCGGCCGUUCUGUCCAUGGCCAUGUCCACAUCGACAAACAACUCUGCAAUUCUCAACGUGUCCAUGACUGCUGCUGUUGAUCCAUGACUGUUGUCCAAUGCACACAGUAUGCGAGCAGCACAGUCCUGCUGCAUUAGAGGCCUCAAGCAGUUGAAAGUCAGCUCGCUGCACGGUCUCGAAGGCUAACGAAUCACCCAUUCACCUCUUAAUAUGUCAACUAUGUCCCCAAGAAACAUCCUCCAAAUGGAAGUCGACCAGUCUACCACCCUUCAACCCACGAAGAUUUUCUACCUAGAUCAUUCUCAUUCUCAUUCUCGGGAGAAGUCCCCGGAGAGGCAUACCUACUGCGCAGUCAUAGACUUGACCAGCCGCUUGUCCUUGUCUUCAAAUUCCCACGCCGUACGAGGAUCCAACGACUCGGCCUCCGCCUUCACCUUCGCUCCCGAAUUCCAUGAAAGGCUCAGAACCGUCCUCAACGACAACGCACAGACACCACUCCCAACACCCACCUGGCUGCUUACGACGGCGUCUCGAUUUAAAGGCAUCGGCCGUACUUCUCGCCUUACAAUCACCGAGCACGAGCCAUCACCAUCACCUUCAACAGUCAUCCCACCGGCCACUUCCACUUCCACGACCGAACCAAAAAAGGUUGUUGCUGAAUUCCACUCAUCUCUCCUCAGUUUCGGUGCCACACAUAUCAGCUUCCCACGGGACUCGUCGCACAGCAGUCAUGAAAUCACCGUCAAGCCGCUUGCCAUCCAACGACGGGCUCAAUCGUUCGUCAAAGACAGUGUCACUUAUGUAUGGGAGUCGACCACGCCUUCUUCUCACUCUAAGCUGUCCCUGUACAAAGCAGUGGCGAGUAAGAAAGUCGAGGUCGCCAGAUAUGAAAGCUCGAGCGGAAGGUUUGAGUUGAAGGGAAUACUGGUAUUGGAUGAGAGGGAAGUCGAUGCGCUGGUUGCUGUUGUGACGCUGGUGGGUGUUCUAGGGCAGAACGACGCUUUUUACUGCCCUGGAUUCGAUUUGAUCGGGAAAUGAGUCAACCUUGUGAACGCUGGUACCCGGGCGGGGCGGCUUCUCGCAUUAACAAAUUCAGAUAUCAAGAUCGCCUCAAAGGAAAUAUCAGCAUGGAAGUCCUCGACGAAAUGUAGGAUGAUUCGUAUUAGAAUUGCCCUGCAAUGAUCUAUCUCCUUCGACCGUCCGGCCUCCUGUACAAUGAUCAUCUCCUUUUCCCAUUCCCAAGCAACCGUUCUGACAAAGUACAAAGCCACCAAACGACUGGGUAUCUCGAAGUCAAGUCUCAAAGGUCUGAUGCCUGAGUUAAAGGACAAAUAAACGAGUGUAUGCCUCCAAGCUUUUUAGCACAAAGAGCACUUUCUGGUCAUUCCAUAGCUCCAAAUGAGCGCUGCC